UUUAACUGGCUUUUCUUUUUCUGUCCCUUUAGGUCAGUGGGGACAUUUGCGAGGGCCUUGGACUGUUCAAGUUCCAUUCAGCAGCCUAGCCUCCAUAUGAGCGCUGCAGCUGCUUCACGUGAUGUUACUCUGUUCCAUGUCAUGCACAUGCUCCAUAAGCACAACUACAACUUCUCAAAUGCAGUCUGCUCAUUGGUGCCAUCAACUGGCCCAGUGCUGUGCCGAGAUGAAAUGGAGGAAUGGACAGCAGCAGAAGCAUGCAUAUUUGAAGAAGCUCUUGAUCGAUAUGGGAAGGACUUCAACAACAUCCAAAAGGACUAUUUGCCCUGGAAGACCCUGAAGAACAUUGUGGAAUUCUUCUACAUGUGGAAGACUACUGAUCGGUAUGUUCAGCAGAAGAGGGUCAAGGCUGUUGAAGCAGAAUCCAAGUUGAAGCAGGUGUACAUUCCAAAUUACAAGCCAAAUCCUGCUGCCAUCAACAAUAUAAAACCAGGAAUGGUUAAUGGUGAUGAUGGGAUCUCAGGACGGCCAUGUGAAUCUUGCUCAGCUACUUCAUCCAGUCAGUGGUACUCAUGGGGUAGCCUUUAUCAGAAGAGGUUGUGCCAGGAUUGUUGGAAUUAUUGGAAGAAGUAUGCCGGUCUCAAGAAUCCUAACAUGACAGAAGACUCACAGGAAGGAGCUGACUCUGACGAUAUGCUGGUGCAGCAGCGACAGAAACAGGUGAAUCGUGGGAACAUGGACAAGUGUGUUCGUGACUUCUCAGUGAAAGGUGGCCUUGUUCGGCAUGGUGCAAAUGACAGGACCCUGUUCAACCUAAUGGACGACACAGUGGUCAGUGGAAAGCCAAUUGUGAAGACACGUUCAGCCUUUUGCAUGAGGGUAACACCUCUUGGAAAGCUUGCCCGACAUCUCUGCCAGCAUCUCAUUCGCCUUCGACAUGCUGCCCGAUCUCCGUUCUGGCGCAUCGAUGAUCUUGCUGUCAAAAGAGAAUGCAUGCUCAGGUUAGGAGACAGAAGUCUUUUGGAGUGGAUCCAGAGCCUGAAAUCAAUGAGGAAAGGUUUGGAUCCAAAAGAGAGGACCAAUUUGGGACGUAUUGCCCAUCAAUUGGGUCAAACUGUGUCAGUGAGGCCAAGGAUCUUAGCUCCCACAGACCCAGCCCUCUUGCCCCAUCAUGAGCGAGUUGCCUUUCCCCCUCCACCAAGAAGGAAAGAUGGGAGCAUAGCCUAUGAGAGCAUUCCUAAUCGGAGAUCUCCAGUUGAGCCAAUGGUGGUCAACAACAUGUCGACCUCAUUGCUCAGGCGUAAGGCCUAUCAAUCCCACAAUGGGCUGGAUGGUCCAAUGAUGAAGCGUCCAAUGAACCACUUGAUGAAGGGUACUGUGGACUUGCACCCUCAUGUCACAUCCAGUCCAAGGCGACUUGUGAAUCAUUUCAACGGCCCUCGAGGGAUCAAUAGAGCAUUUUUGGCUCCAAAUCGAGCUGGGAUACCUGGUGCAUCAUGGGUUGAUGCUCCUGAUGAUGUCUAUUUCCAAGCCACACGCACCACCAACUUUGCUCCUUGGUGCCCUGCUUGUCGAAAUCUACAGCCAGUUUGGGAAGACUUCGCAGGUUGGAGUGAUGAUCUUGGGAUCAAUAUUGCUCAGGUUGACACAACAGUCUCUCAUGGCCUGAGUGGUCGUUUCCUAGUCACUUCCCUUCCCACAAUAUACCACGUCAAAGAUGGGGUAUUCAGAUUUUACCGUGGUUCCAGAGACAAGGAUAGCUUCAUCUCCUUCAUUGAAGAAAAAAAGUGGAAGGAGAUGGAGCCAGUUCCUGGUUGGAAGUCUCCAGGUGCUUUCCACAUGAACAUAGUGGCUGGAUUUUUUCGCAUCUCCAUGUCCCUCAAAUCUCUGCACACAAAAUUGUCUGAGGAAUAUGGCAUCUCAUCUUGGGGCAUUUAUGGAGUAUUUGCUCUUGGAACCAUUGUUGUUGGAGCAAUCUUGGGAUUGAUUCUGGUCUGUCUUAUGGACUACCUUUAUCCACCAAAGGGGACUGAUGACUUUGUUGAGAAAGUAAAGGAGCUUGAAAGACAAAGAAAAGAGGAAAGAGAGAAAGGGAAAGAUGGUCUGGAAGGUGAAGAAGAAGAGGAAGAAGAUGAGGACAGUCAAGGCAAGGACUCUGGGACAGAUGAGAAGGAUGAAACAUAUAGUGAAGAGGGGACAGAAAGUCCUGAAGAGUUGACUGGAUCUCAAGGGGAAUCAGAGGAAGAUGAAAAUGAAAAUGGAAAUGAAAAUGAAAAUGAAGAUGAAGAUGAAGAUGACUCUGCUCAAGUGGAAGAAGCACUGGAAUACAUGAGUCAGUCGAAAGGAAGAAGCACAGCAGCCCAAUUCUUCUUGGAGGAAGAGACCUUUGGUGCAAAGCCUGGAAAGUCCACCUAUGACAAGGUGGUGGAUCUGCUGAAUGCAGCAUCUAUGUCAGAGGAUUCUCGGGUGACAAAUCUACGCCAAGUACAGGAGUUAAUAUGUCAUCAGGACCCAAAUCUUCUUGAUUCCUUUCUGGAUGAAGUCCUUGCAUUUCAAGGCGAUCGAUCUCCUGAUGUCCGGAAGACUGUCAUUGGUUUCAUUGAGGAAGCCUGUAAGAAGGACCCAGAGAUGCUACCAAAAGUAAUGGCCAAUCUCCAGAUCUCCCUGGUUGAAGAAUCUCCUGUUGUAGCCAAACGUGUGAUACAGGCUGUGACACAGCUAUACAAAGUGACCCUCUUUUGGCUCUGCCAAGCAAAAUCCAUCAAAGAGGUGAUGGAGACUACCUGGGACUACAUGAAGAAUGUCAAGGAAAAGAUCUUGCACAUGAUUGACAGUGAUAAUGAUGGGAUCCGGACCCACUCCAUCAAGUUCAUGGAAGCCAUAAUCCUUGUCCAGACAGCCCCUGAAGUGGAAAAUCCUAAGAGGAAGCUUCCAGAUGACUUAUGUCUGGAUGAUGUUCCCUUGACCCUGAAAAUUGCACGACCUCGGAAGCUAGAAGAGGAAGCCAAGCAUAUUUUUGAUGAGCUCAUCAAGUACCUAACUUCUGCUCACAUCUCAAGUGUGAACCUAAUGGCAGCCAUGGGAGCUUUGUCCAAUAUUGCUCGACAGAGACAACUCUUCAUAGGGAAAGUGGUGGCAGCACUUGAGACACUACAUGCCAAUCUGCCUCCAACACUUGGGAAGUCUCAAGUAAGUUCAGUGAGAAAAAUGCUGAAGAUGCAUCUGCUGAACCUCUUGAAACACCCAGCAUCAGUGGACUAUCAUGCCAACAUUGCAACUCUUCUUACUGACCUGGGAGCCACUCAGCAGGAAGUGAUGAAAUACAUGCCAAAAGUGGAGGAGUUGAGAAAGAGACAGAGGGUGAAAGAAGAGGAGGAAGAGAAAGGGGCAAAAAAGGCAAAGAUGCAACAGCUGGAGGAAGAUGAAGAGGAGGAUGAUGAUGAUGCUGAUGAGGAAGACAUAACCAGCAAGAAGAGAAAAAAGAGUGAACCAGUUGAGCAGGAACCUUCAGCUGUGGAUGUCAUGGAAGAGUUUGUCUUCCAGCGCCUCCAUCCUCCCACUGUUGCUGAUCUGGUCCUUGUUUCCAUGUUGAAUCUUCCAGAGGAAAUGCCCUCACUGUUUGCAUCCACAUACACCCCAAUUGCUGCUGCUGGCACAACAGCCCAAAUCAGGCAUGUAGCUCGCCUUCUUGCCACACAACUAGCUUCAGUUGGGAUCAGAACCAAUCGAGAGCAGCAGGGUGAAGCUCCAAGUGCACCUGACUCUUCUCAGGUAAGCCUGAAACCACACCAAGUAAAACCUGGCUUUUUCUUGCCUUUGGCAAAUGAGAGGAUUGGUCGAAAUCUUGACAUAUGUUUAUUUUCAGUGGUGAUUGGGUUCAUCUCAGAGGAAAUGGGAAAAAGGUUGGACCUGGCUGUUAGCUGGCUAUUUGAAGAGUAUUGCAUGCUGCAGGGCUUCAAUCAGAUUGGAGCACUCAUCCGUGGAGGAGGGCAGCUUGUGGCUGAGGAGCGAUACAAUUCCACAUUAUGUCGCCUUGUCAAGGCCUACAUGGACAGGGCAGAUCAUCCAGAUAGGGAUAGUCUGGUGUGUGAGUUGUAUCUACAAGCCCCUCUGGUGACUGAUCAGGCAGUGGAACUGAUCAAGUGGUAUUGUAUCACUGAGGACAAAGGAGAGAGUAUGUGUGGCCUCCUCAAGGACCUCAUUCUUCUUAGGCCUUCUAAGCAGCUCUUGUUUCUCAAUGCCCUGCUGGAGCUUACUGCCCAUGAGAACAACACGGUAAGGAGCCAUGCACUGAAAGUGGUGCUACAGUUGGGAGAACGUGGGGACCUGAAGAGCAUCAUUGAGGAGUAUGCAAGCAUGUACCUUCGCUUCCUCAUCCUAUCAGAGCCCCCCCAUCUCCUCUUCGGACCCGAACGAGGACGACCCGAAGUCCAGUCCCAAUGGAUGGAGGACUCCAUCAAAGUUUGCCUCUACCUCAUCCUUGCCCUUCUCCCGAACAACCACGAUCUCAUUCACGAGCUGGCCCAAGUUUACGUCCAGACAAGUGCAGAUAUCAAGAGGGUAAUCCUCCGCAUCCUUGAAGUACCCGUGAAGGGAAUGGGCAUGAAUUCUCCAGCAUUACUUAAGCUGGUUCAGACAUGUCCUAAGGGUGGCGAGACCCUUGUUACUCGGGUCAUUCACAUUCUCACUGAUCAGACGCCACCAAGUGAGGAGCUGGUGACACACGUGCGAGAACUGUACAAUAAGCGUGUGUCGGAUGUCCGCUUCCUCAUCCCGGUGCUUACAGGACUCACCAAGCGAGAAGUGAUCGCUGCGUUACCGAAACUUAUUCGACUUAACCCCAUCGUAGUGAAGGAGGUCAUUCGACGUCUCCUCGGCCUUCAGGUAGAGCAGUCUCCUCUCACACCCGCUGAGCUCCUUGUGGCCCUGCACAAUAUAGAUGCCAGCAAGUGUGAUAUGAAAACAGUCAUCAAAGGUAGGCUUCCCACGAAUCUGUGUUUUGUGGAGCGAGACUUGUAUACCCAAGAAGUUCUGGCCCUGGUGCUUCAGCAGCUGAUGGACCAGGAUCCGAUUCCAACCCUGCUGAUGAGAACUGUGAUUCAAAGCCUUACCCUCCAUCCGAGACUGAUUGGCUUCGUCAUGAACAUUCUCCAGCGACUCAUCAUGAAGGAGGUAUGGCAGUACCCAAAGGUGUGGGAAGGGUUUGUGAAGUGUUGCCAGAGGACUGUGCCUCAGAGCUACACGGUGCUUCUUCAGCUCCCGGCUCCGCAGCUCAAGUGCGUUUUUGAAGCGGCUCCGGAUCUCCGGGAUCCACUUCUUAGGCACGUCAUGGCGUUCACUGAUUCUCAGCGAAGCCACCUUCCGAAUUCCAUUAUGGAUGUGCUGCAAGGGAACCUUGGCGACAUUCUCACAGAGCCUGUCUCUCCGGACUCGACUGCUGGAUCAGAUGCUGAACUGCAGAUCAAGGAGGAUUUCCAAGAUGAAAGUCUUGACGACCCGAUGGCCAACAAUCAACCCAUGCCUCCUGGGACGUGAUGUUUCAGCACUGGCAGGACUUGAAGAAAUGCACCAACUCCUUUAUCUAAUAUUUUUCAUAAUAUUGUUACAUUUGAGCUAAUACAGCUUGAAUGAAAAUUUGGCUCUUCCUUGCUGAUGCAUUGCAAUAGGGAUCAUUUUCUCCUAUG